AUGAUUGUUCUACUGACCACUCCAGGCUGCCCCUGCAUGGACCACAUUCUUGAGCUAGAAAAGGAAGAAGAGAUUAUUACACAGGCCAAGGGCCCCCAUCCUUUCAACGGACGACCUGCAUUCGUUGUCAUGCCUAGAAAUAGCGGUUGCAACGUCACCGCUAUUCCAAUCAGUGAAGCUGAACCCUUCUCAAGGCGGGUUCUAUUUCCGGAGGCGUGGGCUGGCAAAAGAGAUCGCGAACUGGACCAGGCCGUCGGUAUCAGUGGCUGCAUUUUUGCGCACUCCGGCCGAUUCAUGGUCGAACACACGACUCUGAAUGGAGCCAUCGAAAUGGCCAAACUCGCCCUCAAGGCUGCUGGCUACUUGUAA